AAUAAAUUUGCGAAAGAAAGUGACUCCAAAAAUAAUCAUCUCAGUAGCAAAGAGGAAGUAGGAAGCGCUGAAAAGAUAAAUGUAUGCUCGGAGAAAUUAACUGUCGAAGAAAUUGAUUAUCAUAUUCAGGAAAAUGAGGUUGAGCUGUCACCCACUACUGAUGAGUAUCAAGAAGGAAUGCAUUUUAGUAGUAAGGACGUAGUUUUCGACUACGAUAUUAUAGAAACCGAGAGAUAUCUUGGCUGCACAGCACCUGCGCCGACACCGGCUAAUUUAUUGGCACCACUCGCUGUAUUAGAAAUCGAUAUAGUGGAUGAUGAACCCUUAGAUGAGCGUGGAGCUGCCAAAACUCCAACGCCUGAAUUAAACAACGAUGAAAUUUACCGACGGCGUAAAAAACGCAGUUCUGCAACUAAGAAACUAAGCUCAUUAGACGAACGAGAUAAACUAACUGAAAAGCCUGACACUCCUGCGCCAACAAAUACUGAUGAAACCGAACACAACGCAGUGUGUCCCUGGGAAGAUGAAAAUGUUAGCACCAGCGACGGAACAUUUGUCAAGACGUAUGCUACAUUGGGAUAUUUAUGAACACAGCCAUCAUAAAAAUAAGCAACAUAUUCUUAUUGUAGCAUGAAUUCAAAUAUAUUAUUACGUUUACAGAACUAAUUAAUUCAAUGUAUAUAAUUAUGGAUACAAAAAUGCAUAUCCGCUUCACAUGUUAAAUAAAAACGGUUAAACAAAAU